AUGGAAUUGUGUUAUGGAACCAGAUCCUUUCCUGAGUCGAUCAAUCUUCCCGGUGCCUGGCACGGGAAUCAGUUCCCCGGCGAGUCAGAGUACGUAUACCAUCUCAGCUCCCAGGAAGUUAAGGAAAUAGAGAAUGCUCUUCUCUCAUUCAAAGCCCUCGGUCUCGAUGGAGACUUGAUCUGCCGGCUGAACUUUCCACUUCCGACAGUCGGGAAGAGCCUUGAUCGUAUACGACUAGACGUUCAUGAGGGGAAAGGCUUCGGCUUGGUUCGGGGACUAAACCCCCUUGACUAUUCUGCUGAGGACUUGACGAUGAUAUACCUCGGUGUUCAGUCGUACAUCGCCAACCUUCGAGGCCGGCAGGAUAAGGAGGGAAAUAUGUUGGUCCAUGUCGUGGCCGAUAACUCUUCUCAGCUUUCUAGUCAGCAUCACCGCCACUCGACAUCUGAAAUCACAUUUCACAACGAGGAGUCCGGAGACGUUGUGAGCUGGCUAACACGAAACACUGCUACCUCAGGCGGAAGAUGCAUCAUCGCUUCAGGAUAUGCGGUAUAUAAUAUCCUGAAUCGACACCACCCAGCGUCUAUCCGCCAGCUUUCUCAGCCGACAUGGGUUUUUGCAAACCAAGAAGGAUAUCCUAGACCGGUAUUCUUCUGCCACCGCAACAGGAUCAUGCUCAACUUUGGUCGGGUCCCACUAAUCGGCAACGCGAUCCAUCCGCGUCCGGCCCAUCUACCUCGUGUUUCAAUGAAACAGCUAAAAGCGCUUGAAGAUGUUGAACGAGCAGCUAAAAAGGUUCAGUUGGAGAUUGAGACAAAGCCAGGUGAUAUUCACUUUAUCAACAAUCUCUUCAUUCUGCACAGACGUGAUAGCUUCAAGAAUGGUGAUAUGGUUGGUGAGAAAAGGCAUUUAGUGCGGAUGAGGCUUCGGGAUGAUGAGCUGGGCUGGAAUCUACCAGAGAGUUUGAGAAAGGAGUGGGUAGACGCGUUUGAGCCAAGCUUGGAUAGGCUUUGGCAUGUUGAUCCUAUGCCGGAAGGAUACUUUCCUUUGAGGUCGUAUCCGAAUUAA